CUCCCCUUGUUUGCUCUGAGAUAGCCAGUCUCACUCCUGCCCAGCCGAGGCUGCCCCCGUGGGUGCCGCUGUCCCUCCCACACACGCACCCACCCACCCACUGACUGGACACGCCAUGGCCGGGCUUCCGGGGCUGCUCCUCUGCGCGGCCCUGCUGGGCUUCGUCUGCCUGGGCGCCCCCGGGCUAGCUGUGGAGGUAAAGGUGCCCGUGGAGCCCCUGAGCACCCCCGCGGGCAAGAGCGCAGAGCUGACCUGCAGCUACAGCACGUCCGUGGGAGACAACUUCGCCCUGGAGUGGAGCUUUGUGCAGCCUGGGAAGCCCGUCUCGGAGGCCCAUCCCAUCUUGUAUUUCACCAAUGGCCACCUGUAUCCAACUGGUUCUAAGGCAAAGAGGGCCAGCCUGCUUCAGAACCCCCCCACAAGAGGGGUGGCCACCCUGAAACUGACUGAUGUCCAGCCCUCGGAUACUGGAACCUACCUCUGCCAAGUUAAUAACCCGCCAGACUUCUACACCAAUGGCUUGGGGCUAAUCAACCUUACUGUGCUUGUGCCCCCCAGUAGUCCCUCCUGCAGUGCAAGUGGGCAGACCUCCGUGGGGGGCUCUGCUGCACUGAAGUGCAGCUCUUCCCAGGGAGCCCCCAGGCCAGUGUACAACUGGGUGCGCCUCGGAUCUUCCCCUGCACCUUCUCCUGGCAGCAUGAUGCAAGAUGAGGUGUCUGGCCAGCUCAUUCUCACCAAUCUCUCCCUGACCUACUCUGGCACCUACCGCUGUGUGGCCACCAACCAGAUGGGCAGUGCCUCCUGUGAGCUGACCCUCUCUGUGACUGACCCAUCCAAAGGCCGAGUGGCUGGGGCCUUGAUUGGGGUGCUCCUGGUCGUGCUGCUCUUGUCAGUUGCUGCAUUCUGCCUGUUAAGAUUCCAGAAAGAGAGGAGGAAGAGGCCUAAGGAGACAUAUGGGGGCAGUGACAUUCGGGAGGAUGCCCUUGCUCCUGGGAUUUCUGGGCAAACUUCCGUGAGAGCCGAUUCUAGCAAAGGGUUCCUGGAGAGGCCCCCCUCUGCCGGCAGUGCGACAACCACCAAGUCCAAGCUUCCUAUGCUUGUCUGAUUUCUCCCCCUAUCCUUAAGGGGGAAUAUCAAGAAUUAAAGCCCUUGGGUACCA